UUCAUAUUUUUCUUGGAGGGAACGAGAACGAUGUGGAAAGUUGGAUUUUGAGAUAAAUUAAAAUUACUUCCGAAUAUGUCCAGUGUACUACAACCUGUAGAUGUAAACAUCGAUAGAUCACCAGCGCGCAAACGAGCAAGGUAUGAUGAAGAUGUGGAUGAAGUAAAUAAGAAUGGUAGAUGGAGUUUGAAUAGAAGUGAUGUAGUUUUGCAUGAUAUUUACGAUAAUGGGGUAGGACGUUUAGACUGUGAUGUGGAGGAAGUAGUUACCGAUGAUGAUACGAUAUUUAAUAAAAGUGAACCAAGAGCUAUAGAUGUGUCCUGCGCUUCUAUGACACCAAAUAGUAGGAAUAAGCAAAUAGGCAUAUUAGAGUCAACCCUUACUAAAGAAUCCUUAGAUAAAUUGUCUUUGGGAGAAUGGGAUAAUUUACUGGUGAAAAAGCCAAUGAUUCGAUCAAUGGAUAAAACGAACUAUUUUGACCUCUUAUCAGAUGAAGUUAUACUGCACAUACUUAGGUGGUUGCCAAAAGUUUACUUAAUGGACAUUGCCUUAGUAUCACGUCGAUUUCAUAGGUUAUCUCAGGAUGAAAGUCUGUGGACAAGAAUGGAUGUCUCGAAUAAACAUUUGGAACCAGGAGAACUGGGAAAAAUUCUUAGUAAACAAGUGAUCAUAUUACGAUUAGCCAGAACAGAGAUUUGUAACCCUCCAAUAUUACCAAAUAUGAAUGCAGCACAUCCCGAUUUUAAAUCUCGAUUACUAUAUCUGGAUCUAAGCAUGGCAUAUAUUUCACCUGAAAGCCUUGCCAUGUUGUUUGGUAAAUGUAGACGUCUUAAAAAAUUGAGUUUGGAAAAUGUACCUGUGAAUGACGAUGUCCUGAUAGCCUUGUCAGGAAAUAAGGACAUCGAGGUUAUUAAUUUUGCCAUGUCGACAGGAAUUCAAGAAGAUGGAUUGAAAUACUUAUUGACUAAUUGUAGAAAAAUUAGAGAGCUAAAUAUUGCUUGGAAUUAUCUGAACAGCUGUAGUAUACACUAUAUCUGUGAAAAUUUGCCGUCCACAAUGGACAGGCUAAAUUUUUCAGGAUGCAGAAAGCUCUUAACUGACAAAAAUGUGGCUGACCUGGUAUCUUGCUGCCCACGACUUAGAGAAUUAGACUUAUCAGAUUGUACGUCCCUGACUGGCGAGGCUGUGAGACAAAUAACGACAUUGGAAGACCUGAACUUCCUCGCAUUAUCAAGAUGCUAUCUAAUUCCUUACAAAUCUUUAUUACACCUAAAAAAGGUAUAUAGUCUGUCAUAUCUCGACAUACACGGAGGGUACAUAGAUGCAGACGAAUUAAAAGCUGUGCAAGAAGGGCUAGGGGCUAGAGUAGCAAUCAAUAAGUUUAAAUUUAGUUCGGUGGCAAGACCCACAGUAGGAAUGAGAAGAUCGAGUAUUUGGAAUAUGCGCGUUCGUGACUAACUUUCGAACUGCGAUAAUAGGGUAUUAAAAAAAUUGUGAUUUUAUUUUUUAAGCCAGCAGAUUCUGACAUUGUUAGGUCUCAAAGUUGAAAUGUAUAUCAUUACUUUUAUCUUUAUAUGCAUUGUUUUAGUACAAAAAUAAUUUUUUUAACUCAUUAAGGAAAUAUUGAAGUAUUCAAAUUUUUUAUAUGUAAGGAUGUAAGACGUAAAAUUUGUUAGAUAUUAAAUAAUGACAAGUUAGGCAUUAAUUUAUAGAGUUUGAGCGUAAGUAAUAUUUGUCUCUCUUGUACAGGGUGAUCCUUAAAUAUGUACGUUCUCGUUAUAAAGGGAGUUGAUUCUUUAGAUUGUGUUAAGGAAACAGUUCCUAAACACCACUGUAGAAGUUAGAAAAAAAGGUGAAUUUUGGGAAUUUUCAAGGAAAAAUCAGUGUAAGAUAUAGUGUCAGAAACAAAAAGACUUUAUUGUACAUGUUUUCAGGUAGUAUUGUGAAUUUUUUUAAAUGACUUGGAUUCAAAAUGGCAGCUGUAGGUCAUGGCAAACAACGUUACCUUUUUUUCAGAGGGCUGUAUGCUGUAUGGUCAGAAGGGUUUCUUAUUAACGGAUGGGAACAAAAAAACAAAAAUUUACUGAUACUAUGUACUAAAAGCUAGGGAACACCGUAAGGAAAUUAAAAAAUAAUAAUUUUCGAUUUAGUGAACAUUAAAAAAAGGACGAAAAAUUUUGUUAUAAAUUGUAAUAAAAUGACAGUCGUUAAUGAAUUGAAAAACCCAUACGAUGUUUCCUGAGCUCUGUACAAUAUUUUAAGUGAAUUUGUUGAAAACUUCUUGUUAUUUUUCCGAUCUGUUAAAAAAAGUAUUUUAGUUGCCAUUCAUUAUAACAAAUUCGUUAUACAGGGUAUCCCGAAAUUAAUGCAACAAAAUUGGGUCACAUGUUACAUAUUCUGAAGACAAAUUUAGGGAACUCGUAUUUUUUAUUUUUACCAAGUGGCCCCCUCUUUCGGAGUUACGGCCCCCCUGAAAUCUACCCCUAAGAAUAUUUUUUUUAUAUAUCAACCCUGUUGUACGAGAAUCACUAAAUUUGGUACGCAGGGGAUUUAUGACAUGUGGAAUCUGAUGGUGCUACACUUUUUGGCGGGGAACCCCCUUCAGACAAUUUUUUGUGGGCCC